AUGGCCUCCACUGGUCUGCAGAUCCUGGGACUCGUCCUGACGCUGCUCGGUUGGGUGAAUGCACUGGUGUCCUGCACCCUGCCCAUGUGGAAGGCGACCGCCUUCAUCGGCAGCAGCAUCAUGGUGGUCCAGGUCAUAUGGGAGGAGCUGUGGAUGUCCUAUGCGGUGCAGAGCACUGGCCAGAUGCAGUGUAAGGUGUACAACUCGCUGCUGGCGCUGCCCCAGGCUGCCCAUGCCCUCUGCGUCAUCACCCUCCUGGUGACCCUGGUCUACAUCGCAGGGGCCAAGUAUACCACGUGUGUGGAGGACAAGGACUUCAAGACUCGUUUGGUGCUCACUUCUGUGAUCAUCUUCAUCAUCUCGGGUGUGCUGGCCCUCAUCCUGACCUGCUGGACUGCCAACUUCAUCAUCCGGGACUUCUACAACCCUUUGGAGGCUGAAGCCCAGAAGCGGGAACCGGGGGCCUCACUCUGCCUGGACUGGGCUGCCUCUGGCUUGUUGUUGCUGGGUGGAGCUCUCCUGUGCUGCGCACGUCCCUCUGGUGGAUCCUGGAGCACCAAUCAUUAUAUGGUCCGCUACUCAGCUUCUGCUCCACAGGGCACCCCUCGGCCCACUGAGUACCCAACCAAAAAUUAUGUCUGA